AUGGGAGCAUUCACCGAAAAUUCUUCAAAGAGAACAAAGAAUUCUGCUAAUGGUUCAUACAUGGCAUCGCCAAACUCAGAGACACCUUCAAGUUGUGAGUUAAACUCACCAUCUCCAAUGGAGCGUCCAAUGGGACAAAAGGCGGCAAAACGAAAAGGUAAGGCAAAGGAAAAUGCAAAUGCAACUGAACCUCCUUCUAGUGUUACUUCCGAUACAAGGAAUAAAAGAAUGGAAGUAAUGGAAAAUCUUGCACGACUUAAGGAGGAAGAAAACAAAUUAGUCAAGGAAAAGAUGGAGUUUGAAACAAUGCAAUUCAUAAUGUCAAACACUUCUAAGAUGAAUGAUAGUCAACGUGAAUUUCAUGAAAAACGUUGUAAUAACCUAAAAGAAAAAUAUGGAUGGUAA